AUGUGGGAUUAAGGAGGGCAGCCUUGGCAGCAAUGGCCCUUGAACCAGCAACAGUGGAUACAGUCAUUUCAACACCAGCAAGAUACAAGCCAGAUUGAUUGGACUGCUUUGGCCCAAGAUUGGAUUGCACAACAAGCCUCAGGACAGCAAAGCAUCAUAGAACAACCACCAGGAAUGAUGUUAAAUGGACAUGAUAUGUCUACAAUGGAGUCUGGUCCAAAUAAUCAUGGGAAUUUUCAGAGGGAUUCAAAUUUUAACAGAAUGUAGCAACCAGAAUGGGGAAUGCAUCAGCAGCCCCCACAUCUCCCUCCAGAUCAGUCAUGUAUGCCACCAACACCAGGCCCAGUGGACAUUGUUUCUUUUUCUGAAGACAGAAACAGACAGGACAGUGGGGAAUUUGCCCCUGACAACAGGCAUAUAUUUAACCAGAACAAUCACAACUUGGGUGGACCACCUGAUAAUUUUGCAGUGGGGCCAAUGAACCAGUUUGACUAUCAGCUUAAGAAUAUCAUUCUAAACGAAGCCAUGGGAUCCAUAAGUAGUCGAAUGUGGCCCAGAAGAAAUCCCAAUGGUGAUGAACCUGAGAGAGAAGGUGCUGCUAGAGAGGAGGAGGCAAUGGAGGCCGAAGAAGAAGUAGCGGGACCGUCAUUUGUUCAAGAAGAGCAGGCAAGUGAACCGCCAGGAGUUUCCACUGGUCAGGGGGGCCACAAGCGGAAGGGCAGCCCGGGAGGACCCCAUGCGAAAGUUCCCCGUAGGAGGCUGGACAAGCCCAGAAGCCCUUAUGAAGCACUUUUCCUCGGAGGUGAGAAUAGUGACGUAAAGAUCUGUGCGUUUCAGGAGGAAUGGUGCUUGCACAGGGCCUACCUGUGCCAAUCCGGGUACUUUUCUAGCAUGUUCUGUGGUGCCUGGCGGGAGACAAAUAUGGAUACAAUAGAGAUGCAGAUGCCUGAUGAAAAUAUUGAUCGUGAUGCUUUCUAUGAGGUUUUGGGCUUCUUGUACAGUAGAAGAAUUGUAAUUCUUCCCAACCGAGUUGUUAACAUCUUGGCCACAGCCAGUAUGCUGCAAUUGGAUGAGUUAAUUGAGCAGUGUGAGGAUGUGAUGGGAGCCUCAGUCAAUAUCGAGACUGUGUGCAGCUACUACUACUCUGCCGAGAAUUAUGGGCUCCGGAGCAUCAGAUAUGUUUGCUGCCAGUGGCUCUUGGACAACCUGAUGACCUCACGAAAUGAUGAUCUUUUGUUAGAAAUCAAUCUCGAUCUCAUGAAAGAGCUCAUUGCCUCUUCAGAUCUUUUGGUGGUUGGAGUGGAGAUCGAUGUGUAUACUAUAUUGAAAAAGUGGAUGUACCUGCAGCUAGAAGCACCCACCUCAGAAUCUCAAAGUGCACUAUUGCCUGCAGAGUUGUGCUUUGCCAAGUUCAGAAGCGAGUCAGAUAGUGGCCCUUUUCUGGACACUAAUCCGGGGAGAGCCUUUGUGUCAGUGUUUCAGCAGCUAAGGCUUCCCUACAUUAUCUGUGACCUGCCUUCAGCACGUAUUAUUGACCAGGAUGGACUGAUCCCUGCAGCGUGGUUGAGCCCAGUAUACAAAGAGCAAUGGCUACAACUUCUUCUAGCAGAGCAGUCCAGGGAAGUUGGGCCAAUGAAUGUCUCUGUGUCUGACGUCCAUGGACACAGCAUGAGGUGUGGAGGCCAACUUUUCACAGAUGAGCAAUGCAGCUGGACCUGGUCUGGCUUCAACUUUGGCUGGGACUUGGUAGUAUGGUACACCAACAGGCGCAUUAUAUUCCGUCGCAGUGCAAUGAAUAAAUCCUGUGGCCUUGGUGUCAGCUUACUCUGGCAGAGAAAAGUUGCCUUCCGUCUGCGAGUGAUCUCACUGGACAAUAAUGGAAAAGCUGUUCUCAGGAGAGAGACUGAAUAUAAUAUUCUUGCUCUGAGAAAGGAUCAAGAACUAGAAGUGGUGAACCUAGAAAACCAAGACAUAACUUUCCCCAUGUAUGUGGCCUGUAACUUCCUCUACCUUCCUGGAGAGAGUGGCUCUGGACCAAGUGGGGAAUCAAGCAGAAGUCCAAUGAACUAA